UCCAGCCGUUAGUGAGGGAGAGUACUGCGGAUAUUACGGCAAUUUCUACAGAGUAGAAGAGAUAAACAAACAUGUUAUAUUAUACAUAAGACAUUUAUUCAAACAAAACUCAACCUGAUAAAUUAUCUUCGAAUUGUUUGCAGCGUCGUCACUUUUUAGAGCGACCGGUGAAGGAAAUUAAUCUGUCUUCUUUCGAGCAAAACGAAGUUGUCUUGCCAAAAGAAGGACGAUGGGUGGGAAAAUGGCGUGAAACGAUGAGCUUUACUACAUUCUUUAUCUGACUGCUGUCAGAGACAGGCGUCUGUGAUCAUCCCUAAACCUAAAGGGAGACUGUCAGGACUGUGAUUCAUUUGUUCCUUAGUUCACUUGAAUUGGAGGUCUAAAGUCAUGGCUUGGGCUCUAAAACUACCUCUGGCCGAUGAGGUGAUUGAGUCUGGUCUGGUCCAGGACUUUGAUGCCAGUCUGUCAGGGAUCGGGCAAGAACUUGGAGCUGGUGCAUACAGCAUGAGUGAUGUGCUAGCUCUCCCCAUCUUUAAGCAGGAGGAGUCAAAUUUACCUCCAGAAAGCGACAAUAAGAUCCUUCCCUUCCAGUACGUUCUGUGUGCCGCCACCUCUCCUGCUGUCAAGCUACACGAUGAGACACUCACCUACCUCAAUCAAGGACAGUCUUAUGAGAUUCGAAUGCUGGACAAUCGGAAAAUUGGAGAGCUUCCUGAGAUAAAUGGGAAAAUGGUAAAGAGUAUUAUCCGCGUCGUGUUUCACGACCGCCGGCUUCAGUACACUGAACACCAGCAGCUAGAGGGCUGGCGCUGGAAUAGACCGGGAGACAGAAUCCUUGAUUUAGAUAUCCCAAUGUCGGUAGGGGUGGUCGAUCCCAGGGCAAACCCUACACAGCUCAACACUGUGGAGUUCCUCUGGGACCCCUCGAAAAGGACCUCUGUGUUUAUUCAGGUCCAUUGUAUCAGCACAGAGUUCACCAUGCGUAAGCAUGGAGGAGAGAAGGGAGUGCCGUUCCGUGUUCAAAUCGACACUUUCAAGGAGAACGAGGCCGGGGAGUACACUGAGCACCAGCACUCCGCCAGCUGCCAAAUCAAAGUUUUUAAGCCUAAAGGUGCUGACAGAAAGCAGAAAACAGACCGAGAAAAAAUGGAGAAACGAGCACCGCAGGAAAAGGAGAAAUACCAGCCUUCAUAUGAAACCACAAUUCUCACUGAGUGCUCUCCAUGGCCUGAGGCUACAUAUGUCAACAACUCCCCAUCACCAGGUUUCAAUAGCUCCCACAACAGCUUUUCUGUGAAUGAAGGAAAUGGUUCACCCAAUCACCAGCCAGAGCCUGUCGUACAGUUAGCAGAUUUGUCGUGCCACCUACUUACAAGAGACAGUGAAAGCAAUCAGAAUCUGUUGCCCACGGCAACGCCACAGGAAGCACAGCAGUGGCUCCAUAGAAACCGUUUUUCGCCAUUCUGCCGUCUCUUCUCAAACUUCUCGGGUGCCGAUCUGCUAAAACUGACCCGAGAGGAUGUCAUCCAGAUCUGUGGACCUGCUGAUGGCAUUCGACUAUUUAACGCACUUAAAGGGCGGGUAGUCCGUCCACGGCUCACCAUCUAUGUGUGCCAGGAGUCCCAACAGGGUCGUGAACAGCAUCAGAAACAUGAGAAUGGAGACGGGACUAGUAACACUUUUUUCGUGUAUCAUGCUAUCUAUCUGGAGGAGUUAACAGCUGUGGAACUGACAGAGAAGUUGGCUCAGCUCUUCAGCAUCUCUCCACGCCAGAUCAGUCAGAUCUUCAAGCAGGGACCCACUGGUAUCCAUGUGUUAGUCAGUGAUGAGAUGAUUCAGAACUUUCAAGAUGAGAUGUGUUUUGUCCUGGACACAAUGAAAGCUGAAACAAACGAUGGCUAUCACAUCAUUUUGAAGUGAAAACAAAGGAUAAAGGGGGGGAGUGAAGAGUCCCCUUAUGUUUUUCUUAAGAUUCAGCCCACAGCCCAUUCCCUGCACACUUCCUGGACCUUACUGAAGAUCGCUUUGCUUGGAAUAGUAAUGGAGACGAUCAUGGGAAAAGGGAAAAAAGGCACCUGACCCAUUUUGAAACCCUCACUGUUGUUGUCUAUGGAGUGCGUGCUGACUUUUUCAAACUCUUCCCAUUUACAAAAAAUGAAAUUUCGCAAAGAACAUAUCAUAGAAUUUCUAUUUUAUUACCUUUCUUUGCAUCAGUUUGUUUUGUUGCUUUUUUUAAAGGCAGAAAAAAAUAGGUUUUGUCUAAUGUAAUUAUGUACUAAGGCCGUACCGGCUCAAACAGAGAGUGGCUGGCGUUAAAUACAGUGUUAUUUGGUGUUGACUGCCUGGAUGUCAUUCUAUGAGUAUUUUAGGUGCAUAUGCUAGAACUCCAUGUGAAGUGCAGUCCAUACACGUUUUAUAAACAACACUGUAAAAAGUGCAAAGUUAUGUCAUAGACGGAGACUGAGACUCCAAGGACGCUUAUGAAAUUGCAUCCAUUCAUGAUGAACGUUGUCGUCAGUACUGUCACCUGUGGAAAAAUGGUUUAGCGUAUGAUCUUGACACGAUCGCAGAAUGAAAUUCGAUCGAUAAUGCCACCCUACCUUUAAUUGACUGAAGCAGUGCUGCACAAAUCGCUGAUGUUCCUCAAGUUAAUUGUUGAUUUUUUUUUUUUAAGGCUUGUUCAGGUGACUCUUUAUGACUGUUGGGCAUGAUAUUAGGUUCUGUAGCUUUGAUCCCUGAUGAUUCUUCAGUUGAUGCUGCGUGUGCACGUUAUUUUACAGACAGGAGAUGAACGGCAGCAGUGGGCAUUAUAUACGUGCGUCUUAUUUUAUUUUUUUAACAUUGUGCUUAACACCCCUCUCCACUUUUGUUUUUUCAUUCUUGUUACAUAUACUAGAAUAGAUUUUUUACAAAUUUCCAACUUGCCAGAGAAUUAUUUUACAGUAUAAAAAGAGAGAUCAUGUUUUACUUUCUUUUUGUUUCCUUUUGGAUAUGACCACUGAUUUACUAAUCUUGCAGGGGGGGUAAAGGGGAGAAAUAUUGCACUGCAUGAGAAAAGGUAGCCAUGGUUAGUGCUAGACGCAAGCCAGACCAAUAUGGUAAAAAGAUGCGAGGUAUUGUCUGUGACCCUUUACCAUGUCAUUGCAAUGAUUAAAAUUACAUUGAAUCAA